CGGGCUAUCUUCAGUUCCAGCAAAAUUCUUAGCCAGUAAACGUUCUCUGAAUUCAAAAUACUGGUUUCAGUGAGAUUUUAGAUAGUUUCUUCGCGGAAGUUUCUAGUGCGGUGAUUCCUAAGAACUUAAUUUCGGGUUAACAAAUCGUAAAAUCUAAAAUGAAAGUGUUGUUCCUUUUUGGCUGUUUAGCUAUCUUUAUUGCUGGAAUCUCUGGCUCAAAGGAUUUACCCGAAACCUUCAAAAGAUGCAAACUUGAUGACAAUAUUUCCAGCUGCUUGAAGGAUGCAAUCAACGAUGCGCUUCCCAAGUUGAUAACUGAUUAUAAGGAGUUGGGACUUCAGCAGCUCGAACCGUUCCACAUCCCCAAAUUCACUUUUGAAAGUAGUGGGGGGCCAGUGAACAUGAAGCAAGAAUUCACAAAUCUCGUAAUGCCAGAUUUUAUAUCCAAUACUGUUGUGACUGACUUGAAAUUCGAUUUGAAAAAUCAUGAAGCUAUGCUAGACAUCUACAAGGAAGAGAUGCACAUGGAAGGAGACUAUGAAAUCACCGGUCGGGUCCUUGUCUUACCCGUUCAGGGUAAAGGAAAAUUCAAAGUCAAAUACACUGGCCUGUCCCUUCGAUUCAAUAUGAAAUUUGAGGAGGUUAUGAAGGAUGGCGAGAUGUAUUUGCAUUACACGUCCGUCGAAACAUUCAUGAAGCCAAAGAAAAUGGAAAUGCAUUUUGAAAAUCUAUUCAAUGGAGACAAGGCGCUCGGAGAUUCGACCAAUCAGUUUUUGAAUGAGAACUGGAAGGAUAUCUUCACUGAGCUGGAACCGGAUUAUUCAAAAUUCUUUAGUGGCAUUUGUUUGAAACUUGUUAAUAAGUUCUAUGGUCAGUUCCCGAUUAACAAAGUAUAUAUACCGUAAGAGCCCGAAAUUGUUGUGGUUUAAGUGCUAUUGUUAUUUGUAAAUAUUCUGUUUAAAUUUUAAACAAAUGAAAUUGUGGAUAAUUGAACCAAG